AUGUCUGAACGGGCAUGUGAGCAUUUCAGUCAAUCAAAAAAAGAGGUUUUGGUUGAGGAUGCAAAGUCCUUGAGUAUCAUUGCAGAUUUUGAGGAUCACCCUUCUUUACAAUUCCUCCAGAAUUACAUUGGUAUAUUAAGAGAAAAAGGCGUGAUCUAUUUAAAAAAAAAGGUGGUUGCAGAUCGUGGUAUUAUCAAUGGAAAAUAUCUUGACGAGGUGUUGCCUGACAAUGUGUCCAUUGAGGACAAAGUGCUUAAGAUCCUUGAAUACCUGUGUGGAUUUAUUAUCCACCCGCCGUUCCUGACAUCAUCACCCUCGGAAAAUGAUUGCCUUCAUGUCUGGGUAUCAAUAUUUGAGUUGUUUCAGCACUAUUCAUGCUAA